AUGACACCUCAGGCUAUGCCUUAUUGUGCCCAUCAUAACUGUACUUGGAUCAAGGACAUGUUGGCGCAUGUCCAAAUUCAUCGCGUGUCCGAAUUUUCUACAUCAGGCAGCGGUGACGAUGUAUCGGUGUUCUGGGAACCAGAUUUAUCAUUUUUCACAGAUCCUUUCGCAAUCCACUCACCUACAAAUACACAGGCCAUCGUCCAUGCCCCUUCCCCCUUGCAAGAAUUUCUAACUCCUCCAUCGUCUUCCACUGGCAGUCCUGAUGCUCAGAUCCCUAUGCGGCCGCUUGAUGCUACUGACGUGUUGCAUGAAUCUGAAUCACCGCCUGUACAAUCGUUCAGGUUGUUCCCAAAAACGAGGAGAAGAGGUUUCAUACGUCUCGCGCACGACGUGGAGCGAAAGUCGUCAGUCUGGAAAGAUGUUCAUAAAACGAUAAUGAAGAAAGACUCUGAUAUCGUGCAACCUGACGAACAGAAAGAAGACGAAAACAUAACAGCGGGAGCUGGUUGUGUAGGCGGUGAUGCCAUAGAGGCCCAAGCUUCUCAAACUACGGGCAUGAGUACUCGUCAGAUUCGAAAGAGGAAGAUCAACGAUGUUAACGGCAAUCAUGGUUCAGACACUGACGAGAACGUACUUUUUCCCAAUCCUGUUCCAACUGUCGUGAAGCGCAUCUGCCGGGAGAGAACAGGGACAGACUGGCAGACAGUGCUCGAUAUAGUCAACAUCGAAUCAGUCGAUCUGGCUAGGGGACACCCAGGCUUAGGUUACGUUGGUGCGCCAACAGAUGAUCAGGAGCACCGUUACUUACGAGUUGGUUACUAUGAUACUACUUCGGUGUAA